AUGCCUGUCUUAGAUGUCAAGCUGAAAACAAACAAGAAGACUGUGUUGUGGUUUGGGGAGAAUGCAAUCAUUCCUUCCACAAUUGCUGCAUGUCCUUGUGGGUGAAACAGAAUAAUCGCUGUCCUCUCUGCCAGCAGGACUGGGUAGUCCAGAGAAUAGGCAAAUAA